AGCUUGCAAUGAGUAUAAACACAACACAUUUGCUGUUCAAAGCGUUCGGACGUGGACGGAUUCAGCUCUGCCGGGAACCUCCUUCUCUACAUCAGCAAAACCUUUUUAGCCACAUUCCAGUUGGGAUUCGUUUCGACCCAGCUUACUAACUCAGAAUGAAAUAUUUCGGCGGAGUCGAAGGCGGAGCCACCCACUCCAGACUGGUCAUCUGCGAUGAGAGUGGACAACCUGUGGGCUCCACCAGCGGGCUGGGCACCAACCACUGGGGCAUCGGUAUUCCGGAAUGUGCCCGACGGAUCGCAGACAUGGUGGAGCGAGCAAAAGAGGAAGCGGGCAUUCCCAAGGAUACACCUCUCACGAGCUUGGGAUUGAGCCUCAGCGGAUGCGAACAGGAGGCAACCAACCGCGAACUGGAGCAGGAGCUGCGCACAACGUUUCCGGACCUGGCUCAGAGUUAUGCCGUCUCCAGCGACACCAUGGGCAGCAUGUACACAGCAUCAUCCAUUGGUGGAAUGGUCCUUAUAUCGGGAACCGGAUCCAACUGCCUGUUGCGUAAUCCUGACGGAUCCACAUCUAAUUGCGGCGGGUGGGGAAACUUCCUCGGCGAUGAGGGGAGCGCCUGGUAUAUCUCGUAUCGCGCUGUCAAGGUGGUGUUCGAUCACAUGGAUAACUUUGAAAAAUCACCGGCACCCGUAGAGAAGACCUGGGCUCUGAUCAAGGACCACUUUAGUCUGGAGACGCGUUUGGAUAUGCUGCCCCACUGCUAUGCCAAGUUCGACAAACCUUUUUUUGCCAAUCUGUGUAAGAAGCUGUCACAGAAUGCCGAGAAUGGCGACAAAUUGGCCAUCAGAUUAUUUCGUGAGGCCGGCGUCCAUCUGGCUCGAAUGAUCUUGUCCCUACUACCGAAUGUUCACAAGGAUCUGGUUAAGUCCGGUGAUUUAAGCGUCGUAUGCGUAGGAUCGGUUUGGUGCAGUUGGGACCUGCUACAGGAGGCUUUUAUCGAGGAACUGUCUAAGACAAGAAUCGAUUUUAAUCUUAAACUGGUUAGGAUUACCAAGAGCAGUGCCUACGGAGCUUGCUAUCUGGGGGCCGAUAGUGCUGACUUCGAUUUACCUAGAAACUAUGCGGACAACGUCACAGUUCUGUACACAUACACCGAUCCUCUAAAGAAAGUCAAGGCCACUAACGGCAUAGUCACGACGCCGUGUAGCAGCUAGAUAAAUUGUAUUUGACCAUCCAUUCCGAAAUUCACUUCCAAAUUGCUAAGCCUCGAUUUGACGAUUCUAUUUGCCAGAUAGUGGCACGGAUAGAUAGUAUUAUAUAUAGUUCAUCUUGAAAUAAUAAAAGUUAUCACCUGACAAAAAUAAAAAUUAUACAUAUUCGUA